AUGUUGUGGCAGUGCCUGUCUUUUCUGUCGCUCGCGGCUUCACUUGUCUCAGCUUCUGUGCUUCCCAUCCGGAAUAAUCAGGAUCUAGGCUCGACGACCUUUUCCUUCGAAGUGGCGCGCAGUGACACGGACAAGAGAGAUUUUCACCGUGACUGGGCCGCCGCGAGGCAGAAAUGGGGUGGCAGCAGCCUAAAUUCUGACUCACCUGGCUUUUCUCUAGCCGAAGAUGAUGGGCUCGUCGACGUUCACCCCAUGGGAAACGAUGAUUUGUACCUGGCGGACAUUCAGAUUGGCAACCCACCACAGACGGUCAAAAUGGCGUUGGAUACCGGCUCCUCUGAUGUGUGGGUGCAAUCGACAGAUACCAAAUAUCGCGUCAAUAGAAACGGACCAUAUGCGCCUCAAUACCGUCCCAAAGACUCCCACACCUCGUCUCUUCUCAACGAAUCUCGCUGGGAUGUCCAGUAUCUGGAUGGCACCUCGGCGUAUGGCAUAGUAUACCAGGACACGAUUCGAUUCGGCAACAUCGAGGUGGUCAACGCGACCGUGCAAUCUGCCCAGGCCAUUGCCACGCGUUUCGAAACGGACAUUGAAAUGAGCGGCAUCAUGGGGCUGGCCAAGCGCCUGCGAAACAACAUUGAUCCUCCAGUGCCGACCUUCAUGGAUCUGCUCACCCCGCUUCUUGACUCGCCCGUCUUUACUGUCGACUUGAAAAGAAAUGACACCGGCCAGUUUGAAUUUGGCCGCAUCGACAUGGCCAAGGCUUCGGACAAUAUUACCUGGCUCGAUGCGGUCGGUAGAAGUCCUCAUUGGGAUGUCAACUUUGAUCUGACGUCAUGGACCAUUCCCGAUCAGACGUGGUGGUAUUAUCGUUUCUCUGGCACGAUUGACACUGGCACGACUCUCAUGUUUUUGCCUAGCGCCCUGGCCAGUCGCUACUGGUAUAGCGUUCCCGGCAUGCGCCGCGCCGCCAAUCUUGAUGGCGUGUACACUUUUCCGUGCGCCAACACCAAGGAUCUGCCCGAUCUGCUUUUCAAGCUUCCAGGCACGGAGCACGUGCUGACCAUUCCCGGACGCUACCUCAACUACGGCCCGUCGGAUCCCAAAGGUGAGUACUGCUGGGGCGGCAUGCAGAGCUCCGAGGGCAUGGAGAUUGUGGUUCUGGGCGACGUAAUGCUCAAGGCGCUGUUUGUGGCGUUUGACCUGGACAAGCAGCGCGUCGGAUUUGCCAACAAAGUUCUCACGGACGAGAUGUAG